GGGGGGCUGGUCACUGGUUCCGCCAGGCCGCCCGGCCUCUGCUUCCUCUCCGCGUCCCGCGAGCGGCUGCAGCCUCCUGCUUGACCAGCCUCCCUGCUAGGCAGACGUUCCCAGAUUCACCAGCCGCAUCACCCCCUGUGCAAACCGGUGGCUGCACUCUGAACUCUGACCACUUGGGUUUCUUCUGGAAGCCUGGGGGAAGAAGUUGCAUCCAGCCCCUGGACAACAGGCUGAGAAAUUCGUUUCCUGUGCAUUGAGUGCUAAUCCUUUCACUGGCUGGCCACCCAGGCAGAUAUUCCCUCCAGUAAAGAUGAAGCUGGGGAUCAAAGAGGCUUAGGGACAGACAGGUUCUUCUACUGUGAAGACAUUAACCCAAAUGCCAGCAAACCUGACCCACGAAGCCUGGAAAGAGACACCUGUUAGGUUGUGGAGGUGUGUUCUUGUCCAGCUCGGUUUCCCCUUGGCCCCUGGAACCUGAGGUGGAGCUGGGGUGGACUUAGCCCCCUUCUGCAGACCCAUGGCACACCGGCUACAGCUACGGCUACUGACGUGGGAUGUGAAGGACACGCUGAUCAGGAUGCGCCACCCUGUUGGGGAGGAAUAUGCCUCCAAGGCCCGGGCCCACGGGCUGGAGGUAGAGGCCUUGGCCCUGGGACAAGCCUUUGGGCAGGCGUACAGGGCUCAGAGCCACCGCUUCCCCAACUACGGCCUGAGCCAUGGCCUCACCUCCCGCCAGUGGUGGCUGGAUGUGGUCCUGCAGACUUUCCACUUGGCGGGUAUUCGGGAUGCUCAGGCUGUGGCCCCUGUUGCUGACCAGCUAUACAAGGACUUCAGCAGCCCCUGCACCUGGCAAGUGUUGGAGGGGGCUGAGGCCACCCUGAGUGGGUGCCGAGAACGAGGUUUGAGGCUGGCAGUGAUCUCCAACUUUGACCAGCGACUAGAGGACAUCCUGGUGGGUCUUGGCCUGCGAGAACACUUCGACUUUGUGCUGACCUCUGAGGCUACUGGCUGGCCCAAGCCAGACCCCCGCAUUUUCCAUGAGGCUUUGCGGCUUGCUCAUGUAGAACCGGCGCUGGCCGCCCAUGUUGGAGACAGUUACCGCUGUGAUUACAAGGGGGCACAGGCUGUAGGCAUGCACAGCUUCCUGGUGGUUGGUCCAGGGCCUUUGGACCCUGCAGUCAAGGAUUCUAUACCCCAAGAACAUAUCCUCCCCUCACUGUCCCAUCUUCUGCCUGCCCUUGACCACCUGGAGGGCUUACCCCCACAGCCGUGAGUCUGGUGAAGGAAGUGGCUGGGCCCAACAUACACUAGGGACAGGGAGCCCUUUCCUGCCCGAGACCUGGCCUUUGCCCCUCUCCCCACAGCCUCGAUAAUGCAUUCUGACUAUAAAGCAGUGACUGCGGGUCUUUCAACCCUGUCCCACUAACCAGCUCCUGGUCUCUGAGAUGACACAUUCAUCGUGUCUAUGUCCCUUUUCCACCACGAGUCCCCCUUACCUCCAACAAGAUUCACUGAGGGCCCAACUAGCUUCAAAACCAGGUACUUUCUAAUUUUAUUUUAGCAGCAGGGCCCUUUUGUUAUGCGAGAUCUUAUGUGGAACCCCAAUAUGCAAAACAGAAAAAAAACCAGCAUUGCCACACAGCUAUCCAGCCGUCUGUCCCCCCCACGCUUAAGCCUAAACUG